AUGCAGUGGUCUGCUGAUCCAGCAGAGCGCGCACACAUAGACUACGUUAAGGUUCCAGGGCGUACUGGAAAUAACCAUGAUUAUGACGAGCAGGUUUGCCAUUAUCUUGAUCGCCAAGAAAAGUGCCAAAGAUUUGCGCUUGCUCUAGAAACCAAGUUGGGGGAAGGUCUGGAUGAAGAAGACAAGGAUGAUGGAAAUGGCAACAAAGCUGGAGGAGCCCAUCAUUUCAAAGACUAUUUUGAACGGGCGCAACAGUUGAUCGAGAGUAAACACGAUGCUCCCUGCCCAUUCAGGACAUUUGCAACGUCGAUUACUGCAUACCAUCUCAGUGCCGACCCAACUCUCACCCAUAUGACUGUUGAUAAGGCUGCAGAAAAGUUUGUGUUGCACAACCUUCGUGCUGCACUUGUGGAUUAUCUGGAACGUGACACUGCUGGUUCCGUUUAUGUGAUCGGUGGCAGGAGAAGAGCGCCUUCCAAUUGCAAGUUGAACUUUGAAUGCAUUCAAGUUUGGUGCAAGGUCUGCAUGCAGCUUAGAAGGUAUCACGAACGACACCUUGAGCCCUCUCAAGCUGUUCUUGCCCAACCGCCCUCUGAGACCUUGCCAUGUGGACAAUAUGAUGCAGUCAUUGUGAACAUAGAUCCGAUGUUCAAGUGGCUCCACAGUCAUUUAGAAGGUCAUUGUGUUGGUUAUCUUCGCUUAAUUUUUCGCCCUAUUACCCCUUUGGAACACUCUGGGACAUAUCUUGCAUAUGUGGAACAUUUAAAUGUUGUUACCAUGGACCCGGCUGCAGGGAUGCAUGUUUUACAGCAUGCACAACGCUCAAAUGGUACUCGCAUUGGAGACGUGAUACCUCUCAGUCAGAUUGUAUCCACUGCCCAUCUCAUUCCUCGUUUUGGACAAUCUGUGAACCCCCGAUUUGCCCGAGAAACCAGCAAUGAAUAUUCCGAUGAUUUUUUUCUCAACAAGCUUUGGAACACAGAGUUUUUUUUUAGCAUUAAUGGCACAGAGUGA